AUGGCGCUCGAGGAGGACGCGGAUCGGUCGCUGACGACCAAGUACAUCCUCAUGACGGAGCGGCUAAAAGGCAACCAACUGGAGGGCCGAAAACUAAAGUUGAAGGCCUGCGCGCCGGGGACGAAGGAGCCCAUCGACCCAAUCGACCCAAUCGACCACGACGUGAUAGAACAGUUUUGCGACGCUUUAAAAAGGAACACGUCCUUUAAGGGCUACCUCGACAUAUCGCACAACGACUUGAAUGAAACCUGCCUCUUUCACAUCCUGUGUAGUGUGUACGAAAGCAAAAAUAUAACUGGCAUGAAUUUAAGGGGAAAUAAAAUUACCAAUAUGUUAUUUAACAAAAUUUUGCUAAUUCUUGAAAGUAACAAUUUGGAAUAUAUCAACGUGCAAAACACGGAGCUAAAUAAUCAGCAAAUUAAAAAUAUCAUUUUCUGUUCCCUAAACAGGAGGCUCAAAUUUAUGAAGCUCUCCUUUUUAAACCUCGACACGUUUCAGUUUCUGGUGGAAUACCUACGCGACAACGACUCGGUGGAGAAGUUGCACUUCUUCAUGUCGUAUGGCCACCAAAUGAAUUCCUCCCGCACACAGGAUGAUGAGAACAUAGCGAACAAUUUUGAAAAUUACGUCCACGUUAGAUAUAGGCAGGCCCGCUACUGCCCUUAUUAUAUGGGCCAUACGCAUCGUGGGUUCCUCCCACCUGUGGUAAAAAAAAAGUCUGCCUUUUCGCUACGUCACAUCCGCACCGUGUUGUUGCCCCCCUUUCUCGCCCCUCCACAGAACUUAAAAAACGCGCUCAAAGAAUUCCUCGACGUGAUAGAGAACAAAGCAAACGUGAAGGAGGUCAGGUGCGAAAUCGACUUCCACGACCAAGAAGUAGACGAAAUGGUGUGCUUCAUCCAUGCUGCUUGCGAGAGGCACCGGCGGAUGGAGGGGGACGACCAGGGGCUGCUCGAAAAUGGGAUGCAAAUCACUUCAUCGGAGAAGAUGCUCUUGCUCAUGCCGGACAUCGACGGGUGCGGCUGA